AUGAAAUCAUUUUUCGAUUUUUUGUUGUUGCCUUAUUCUGGUCGAAAUAAGCUGGAACGUGACAUCAGCGUGUGGAACAGCAAGAAAUUCACCCGACGUCCACUGCUAGUGAAAGAAGACAAAAUGAUUCUCGCAUACCGACGCUGGUUUUCGCAAUUUUAUUCCGAAAACAGUCCAACCCUCGAGUCGUUGUCAAAGAAGAAUAACUUGGAUUGGGCAGCUAUCCCCACUGAAGAAUUGCAGGCCUGGAUGGGAUUCAAACCCAGGGGCUUCUGCAUGGAAGUCCGACCCCUUACUCUGACAGACAGAUUUUUGCGGACAAGUUUGGAGAACUUGUCCACAGUUUCUGGCGCCAAUGUGAGGCAGAAAAGUUCUGCAAAACUUGUCCGCAUAUCAUCCAAAAUUUGCGGACAAGUUUUGAGAACUUGUCCGCAGUUUCUGGCGCCUCCAGGUCCAAUUAGUUUAGAAGAAACUUACGGGUGCAGAUGGGAAAUGGCCUUGACCAGAAGCCGUCAGGGCGACACACGGACUCCGUCGGGCCCCGCAACCCGUAGCUUUCGGGACAGCUGA